AGUGAUUAUUGUUACUCUGCUGGAGAAUGUCACCCAGCCAAGCGUGUCAAUGUCACUGCGGGGUUAAAGGUCACCAGUCAGAACAGAUCCCACUGACUUAAUCGUGACAUCUCGAUUCAGUUAGUGAGACGAUAAGAUGUGGCAGCACAUUAAUUUAAGAGAAUCUGCAUCCAAGAUCGAGGUACCGAAAUGGUUACCGCAAUACGUUGCGGUUGCUGUUGGGUGCGGUGUGGCAGUGCACGUUGUCCACAGACUCUGGAGGAAGGUUGCACUCAACAGAAAACUGGACGAGAAGAAACAACAACUGAAAACCAGCAGAGAAAAACUUGUAAAAGAAGUUCAACAUUAUCAUUUGGACCCUAAUUUACAGAAAGAGAUUGUCCAUUUAUCUGUUGAAGCGCUGCAGAACAGACUGCAGACAGGAAAGCUGAAAGCGAUGGAUGUCCUGAGAGCGUACCAAGCAGAGGCCCUGCUUGUAGAUGACAGACUGAAUUGUAUUUCUGAAACUCUGUUGGAGGCGACCGACCGUGCUUGUGACUGCGACUCAAACAAAGGUCAGAAGGGAAUGCUGCAUGGCGUCCCUGUCAGUGUGAAAGAAAACUAUAAUAUUCAGGGAUAUGACACAACUAUAGGUAUGGAAUAUUUCAUAAACAAACCAGCUGAUGAAACUGCCGUUCUGAUUCAGGUGUUAGAAAGACAAGGAGCUAUACCUUUUGUGAGAACGAACGUGCCACAGACAAUGUACAGCUAUUCUUGCUCUAAUCCAAUAUAUGGCGUCACCAAGAAUCCGCAUGACGUCGCCAGAUGCCCAGGGGGUUCGAGUGGGGGAGAGGCUGCUCUGAUUGGCGGUGGAGGCUCAUUGAUGGGUAUCGGAGGUGAUAUUGGCGGCAGUCUGCGAAUUCCGGGUAACAUGUGUGGAAUUUAUGCCCUAAAGCCAACAUACGGCAGGUUGAGUAAAAAAGGAAUGUUUUCAGUUGGAAGUGGACAAACAUUAGUGCAAGGGACACCCGGUCCCAUGGGCCGUGAUGUUGACACCAUAGUAAUGCUGCAACAGGCUCUGCUCUCCCAAGAUAUGUUUGACCUUGAUCCAGCUGUUCCACCAAUUCCAUUUAGAACUGAGAUUUACAAAGACAAAAGCCCACUGAAGAUUGGUUUCUACACCUGGGAUGGAGGUGUUCAGACUGUACCGUCAAAUGUGCGAGCUGUCCAAGUAGCUAAAGCAGCGUUAGAAAGAAUGGGGCACACGGUUGUUCCAUACACCCCCCCACGAGCUAUGGAAGCAGUUGCAACACUCUGGAUGAAGGCUAUGGCGGGAGAUGGAGGCCAAUCAUUCACUGAGAAACUGAAAGAUGACUAUGUUGAUGAUGCGUACAGAAUGGUUUACAUUUUGACAAAUCUUCCCAGAAUGCUGGUGUGGUUAUUGUCAAAGCUGAUGUAUCCUCUGGAUCCAUUUAUGAGUGCCUCUAUGAAAGGUCUUACUGAAGCUGGAUCUGUUUACGACUGGUUCAUUCUGUCUAACAAAAUUCAGGCCUACAAAGAAGAGUAUUUGCAGAGCUGGAGAAGUGAAGGACUGAAUGCCGUCAUUGCUCCAGUUUAUCCUUGUCCAGCUGUUCUACUCAACAAAGCUUCAUUCUUAACAGUUGCUGGUUCCAUGUGUCAGCUGUACAACCUGCUGAAUUACCCUUCCGGAGUUGUGCCUGUAACAAAAGUUUCUGCUGAUGACCUAAUAAAUCUGGAAAAUCCUAACGUGUAUUCUCCACGCAACUUGCAAGAAAAAGUCAUUAAAAAGGCGUGCGAGGGUGGCGAGGGCCUGCCCAUUAGUGUGCAGUGUGUAGGUCUACCGUUCCAAGAAGAACUGGUGCUUCGGGUUAUGAAGGACCUUGAAACCGGACUGAAGACAAUUUGAUUGCUGCAUGCCGUUCAAAACAGACAUGCUGGAAGAGAAUUACCUCACUGGCAGACUUGUCAUUAUGUUUAAGACUCACUUUUGAACCUUUUUUCUCACAUGCAUUUUUACAUAAAAUCAAACUCAUUAAAGAAAAAAAGUGGCAUCAACUGCAAAAUCAUAGCAAACCUUCAUGAAACAGGAAAAAGACCUUUGAUAGCACAGUAGUGAUACCUGUUUCAAAAUAAAAGCUUAAAUGAUCGUUAAAAAAAAAACCUAGAAAAAAAGUCAUUUUUAAAUCCAAUCUACUAUUUUAUGCAAAAUAUAAUUUAAAGAUCAAUUAUAAAAAUGGUUGAGAAUGAUCAUGGAAUUUUAUGAUUAAUUUUCAGGUGUUUAAGGAACAUUCCUGAGUUUGGUGCAUUGUAAGAUGUUUCCGAAUAAUAAAAUAUUUCUACGAUUAAACUUAUUUUCUGGUUUAGGAUAUCAGUGUCUGUAUAUUCAAUGUGUUUC